AUGGGGAAUAGUAAAUCCUCUAUAAAAAAGAAACCUCAAGAUUUUCGAUACAUUAACGGCAGGCGAUAUCAUAAUGAGGAAACUGCUUCCUACUUACUAUCCUCGGAUAUAGAGGAAAUCGACAGGCAGCAACUACAACAUUAUUGUUUUAAACACAUUUUCAAGUGUAAUAUGUCAGCUCCCGUAGAAAAUAUGCUAAUAGAAGGAUCCAGAGUGUUGGAUGUUGGAUGCGGCACGGGAAUAUGGGUAUUGGAAUUAUCUUCUAAAUAUGAGAAUUCGGAAUUCUUUGGAGUGGAUAUGUCACCUGUGUUCCCAUCCCAAAUAAAACCGUUCAACUCUAACUUUAUUAAGGCCAACGUGCUGGACGGAUUGCCUUUCCCCUCAAAUGAGUUCGAUUACGUGCAUCUCUCAUUCCUGAAUGCCUCUUUUACCGAUGACCAAUGGCAGAAUAUUGUGAUACCCGAACUAAUCCGCGUUCUCAAACCUAAUGGAUGGCUAGAAUUUUACGAGGUUGACAUUAUUCAAUUAAAUGGCGGUCCAUUAAUCGAACGCAUUAGCAAAAGUUUACAAAAAUUAUGCCACAGUGCCAGCAUAAACCCGAGAUUACCAAAUCUAUUUAAACAAUGGUUAACACCACACGAGUGUCUCAAAGAUAUUGAAGAAAUCGUCGCGUAUCCCUUCUUAGGAAAAUGGAAUGGUAAAAUAGUAGAUGAACUUGAAAUUAAUAAUGACUAUCCAGGGAAAUGCGAUGAUAAUUAUGACACGGGAUGCGAAAAUAUCGAUAAUGAUUUCCCAAUAAAAAAAUCCAAUGUAAAAAGCAAAUAUGAAGUAGAGCUUGGAAUUUUACUUAAGGAAGUCAUUAAAAUGUAUUAUACUUUAGAUGCUGAAAAUUUAUCAAUGUGUAUGGGGACUUCCAAAGAGGUGUUUUUGGAAAUGCUGGAGGAGUGUUUCGAGCAGGAAAUGUCGGAAUAUGACACAAGAAUGAAAUUUAUGAGGGUCGUGUGUAGAAAAGACAAAACCGUUAAGAAUUAA